AUGUUCAUGGUGACUGACAAUUUGACCAUUACGCCUUCGUCUUCAUCCUCUGCCUUUUCUGUUCUCAGUAACCUGAGUAUUCCUUUAUAUGAAGUUAGAGAACUGGAGCUGGUUGUUGGUGUUGAAGAGUUCAUCUUGAAAGCCAUGAGAAAAAAGCAACAGACUAAUCCCAAAGAUGUGAAGUUCAGCUUGAAAGCCAUGAUAAACAAGCAAAAGACUAAGGUUCUAUAUGUGGAGGCUGAUAACGAUUUCUUUGAUGUUCUGUUGAGCUUCCUGGCAUUGCCGUUGGGAACUAUUGUUCGAGUCUUGAAAAACCAUUAUGGGGAUGAAGUCCCUUUUAUGGGAAGCCUAACCACUUUGUACAAUGGCUUGUACAAUUUGGACAGUGGCCUUUUCAGGACACCAGACUGUAAGAACCUGCUUCUCAACCCGAUAAGCUCGUCUCAGGCAUUACCGGAAUGCCGUAGGCUGAAAAUCAAGGUCGAUGAGACGAAGCGCACAAAGUACUUCAAAUGUGGAGAUGUAAAUUGUAGCUUUAGCAAAUUCUCGAAUGUGGGCUUGUAUUUCAGUGGAUUGAAGUGCGAUUGCGGGAAGCCAUUGGACAAAGCAAUUUACCGGAGAGGUGUGUAUUAUGAUGAAGAUGGUGUGUAUUAUGAUGAAGAUGGUGUGUUUAUUACAAGUAAAGUCUCCUUAAUUAUCAGUGAUGAUCUCCAAGUAUUGCCUAAAGGGACUGGUUCUACUGCUCAAAUUCUCCGCAAAUUCGGCAUAAUUGACACAGUUGGAAUCGAGGAAAGGAAUCUAACUUUUGGACUCAAUGAGAUUAUGGAUUUGCUGAAGGGGUCAUUAUUGUGCCAAGCUCCACUCACGGAACUCAUUCUUGGAAUAAAACCGAACGACUAUACUGAGGUUAACUGUGAGAUAGGUGGUAUUCUACCAAUUGAUGAGAUCAAGUAUCUGAUACAAACUUUUAACUUUAAGAAAUUGACUCUGAAAGCCAUUUUGCAAAGAUCCAGUAAUAAACUGCUGUUUGCUGAAGUCGGUGAUGAUUUUGUCGAUUUUCUAUUUACCAUGCUGGCUGUUCCUCUAGGAGGGGUCGAGCUAUUAAUGGGCGGUGACACUUUUCUUAAAAAUAUAGACAAUUUCUACAAAAGCGUAGGGGAUUUGAACGGUGACGAUUAUUUUAAGAACAAAAGAAAAAUAAGGACCCAUCUACUCGAGCCCAAGUUACCAUUUUGUUACAUUUCGAAAAGGCACUUUCCCUCACCAUCCCACAAAGAUUUCCCUUCUUUGUAUUUUUAUCAAUAUGUAGGAGGUGGCUAUUUGUCACAUUCGCGCUAUGUUGGCUCAUCUGUGGGUAUUAAGGUGACCCGUUAUAAGUUUCCGGAAGGCCAGGCGAGUUGUUUAAAUCUGUCUGAUUUUAAGUUUUUAGAAGGGCCAGGAAAUUAUGGAAAAUAUGUAGAAGGACCAAUGAUGUUUACGGUGACUGACGAUCUAACCGUGAAGCCCUCAUCUUCUGCGUUGGGCAUUUCAAUUCUCAAUAGCCUGAAAAUCCCGUCAUCUGAUGUCAAGGAACUGAAGUUGGUUGUUGGCUUGGAAGAGGUAACAUUUGACGUUGAAUAUGCUCUCUUUCGCUCUUUAUCAUGGUUUAUACUGAGCUUCAUUUUGUGUUUGGUGCAGGCUAUGAGCAUACUGAAAGCAUCUUUGACUUCGUCUCGCGCAUUAACCGAUGGCCUCAGAGCGGAGGAUAUAUAUGAUCAGAACUUGGGGUCGUGCGUAUUCACGACUAGUCCCUCUUUUAGCAAUUGCAAAGUGCUUGGCUACAUAAUGUCUGAACCCAAGGACUUCAGGUUCACCUUGAAAGCCAUGAUAAACAAGCAAAAAACUAAGGUUCUAUAUGUCGAGGCUGAUAACCAUUUCGUUGAUGUUCUGUUAAGCUUCCUUACACUGCCAUUGGGAACUAUUGUUCAACUCUUGAAAAAACACUAUGGGGAUGAGGUCCCUGUUUUGGGAAGCUUAACCACUUUGUACAAUGGCUUGCACAAUUUAGACAGUGGCCUUUUCCCUUCACCGGGCAAUAAGAACCUGCUGCUCAACCCGACAAACCCGUCUCCGGAGAACUGUUGUAGACUGAAAAUCAAUAUUUAUGGCACGCAGCCAACAAAUGACACGAGAGGUGUAGAUGCUAAAUAUGGGUUGUUCAUUAAAAGUAAAUCAACCUUAAUAAUCACUGAUGAUCUCCAAGUAUUGCCUGGUGUGAUGGGUUCUGCUGUGCAUAUUUUCCGCAACUCAGGCAUUACAGACACUAAGGGGAUUGAGGAAAGGAAUCUGACUUUUGGAUUCGAUGAGAUAAUGGAUUUGCUAAGGGGGUUGUUGUUUUCCCGGUCUCCACUCACUGAACUCGUUCUUGGAAAAAAGGCAAUUCACAAUAUUCCGGUCAAGUGUGAGGGAGGUGGUAUCCGACCCGCUAAUAAUCAGAUCAAGCAACAGACAGAAAUUUGUAACGUAGAGAAAAUGAGAGUGAAAGCCAUUUUGCAAGAAUCAACUAAUAAGCUACUGUUCGUUGAGGCUGAUGAUGAUUUUGUAGAUUUCCUAUUUAACCUGCUGGCUCUUCCCCUGGGAGGGGUCGAGUGGCUGCUGGGCAGUGACACUCUUCUUAAGAAUAUAGACAAUUUUUACAAAACCGUAGAGAAUAUACAACGUGACAAGCUCUUCAAUAUGACAGAUGAGCUACUCGGCCCUAAUUUUAAAUACUCUUAUGGUUCAGUAGUGUCUAUAUCGAAAUUUCCAAAAUGGCGAUCACAAUAUUUUUAUGGGCAAAUCAUGUAUAUGGUGAUGGACGAUUUAACUGUAACGCCCUUGUGUACCUGCUCUGGCAUUUCCAUUCUCAAAAGCCUGAAAAUCCCAUUUUCCGAUGUCAAGGAACUGAAGCUUCUUGUUGGCUUAGAAGAGGCUAAGAGCAUACUGAAAGCAUCUCUUACUUCAGCUUGCGCCUUAACCGAUGGCCUCAUCAAUCCAGUAUUAAUGAAACAACCUAAGCAAGAGAGCUGA